GGAUGCAAGGGCCGACUCUCGCGCCGACGGGCAUCGCGAGGAAUCUUACAAGUCUAUCCAACUAAUAAUAAGUUAAUACAUCAAGCAAGAGUUGAAGGCUAGUCACUAUGGCGAGACUAGGCUGAAUGUGAUGUCUCUUGUCAGCUAUGUGCACAUCUGAUGUGUGUGAUGUGAAGAACUAGUUACAUUCAAUCGGGCAGAGUUUCCGAGCUGCCUGCUGGGCAGCCAAACAACCGGCGAAAUGCCCCUCAGAAGGGCAAAUUCAGUGCCGGUCCAUCCUCCAGAGGUCAGCGCGCUCGAUACAAAUGCGUUACAGCAGCUGGAGAGCGAGGUGCACGUGCCGUCCGCGCCGUCCAACGCGGACCCGCGCAGUCCCACCGCCGACCACACGACCACCACGUUCAGCCCCGUCUUUGACCUGGAGCUAGGCAGCGCCGCCAGCACGCCCCAGGCGCCGCAGCGGGACCGCCAGCGCUCGGCCCACCGCGGGCCACACCGUGUCCCCUUCUCCGUGCACCACGACCCCGGGGCGGUGCCCUUCGCCAACGGACCUGGCCACCCGCCGCCCCUGCCAUCGCUGCGGCAGCAACAGCUUGCGCCCGCGGUCUUGCCCACCGCGGCGGCCGCGGCGGUGCGGCAGCAGCCGCUGGUGCAGCGCUCUCCGGCGACGGUUGCCGCGUGCGCUGCGGCGGCCAUGGACCGCAGCCAGAGCGACCUGCAGGUCAUGCUGCAGCACUCCGGCGUCAAGGCGGUGGCGGGCGCGGGCACGGCGGCGCUGACGCCGGCGGCGCAGCGCAUCAUGGACCUGUGCAGGCCGGCUAACGAGCUGGAGCUGGAGCUGUCACGGCGGCUGCGCGCCUUCCGCGCGGCGCGCAUCGCCAAGCCGGUUUCGGCGUUUAAAGCGUCCUCCGGCGCGCUGGCCGCCUCCGCCUCCGCAGCCACCCCCACGGCGGCCGCUACCCCAUCCACGUUUUCCGCUACCUCGAACGGGGUGCACGCCCAGCCUCACAAGCAGCCGCAGCCGCACCCCAGCCUACUGAGCGCCAGCAGCAGCCCGCCGGGCCCCACGCCCGGGGAGAUUGAGGCUCUGGCCACGGAGCUGCUGGGCGCCGGGUUCGUGGUGCAGCUGCUGGACGGCACCCGCCUCAGCCGCGACACGCGCUCGUGCCUGCGCACCCUCAAGCACCGCUUCCUGGUGUGCGUGGGCUGGGACCGGCCCGCCCACGCCCCAGGCGCAGCCACAGGCACUGCUGCCGGCGCCGGCGCGGCAAGUGGACUUGCGAGCAGUGGCAUUAGCGGUGAUGGCGCAUGCGGCAGCGGCAGUGGCAGCGACGGGCAUGGGCAUCGGCAAGGGGGGCAGGGGCUGGGGCAGGGUGACUCGCAGCCGCAUGAGCCGCUGGUGGUGGAGGUGCGCUUCCGGGAGCAGUUCCUCAUCGCGCACCCGACACGUGGAUACGAGCAGCUGCUGCUGGCGAUGCCGGUGGUGUUUGUGGGCACGCUGCGGCGGUUGGACGCGGUGGUGGAGGUGAUGGCGGCAGAGGUGGCCGCCGCGUUCCGGCAGGCGGGCCGCCCGCUGCCGCCCUGGCGCACCAAAGGCGCCAUGCUGAGCAAGUGGGCGCCGGAGCAGCUGUGUGACCUGAGCAGGCUCAUGCAGCAGGCGGCGCUCAUGCAGCACAUGGCGGCGGCGCAGCAGGCGGCGGCGGCGGCGGAGCACGGGGCAGGGGCAGGUGCAGGUGCAGGCGCCCUGGUGACGGGGCCGCUGGCACCAGGCGACCUGGACGCGUCGUGGGGCUCGGGCAUCACGGUGGAGCAACCGGCGGCAGCGGCGCUGUGGGGCGGGGCUGUCGGCGCCGGGCCGGUGGGCGUGCUUCCCGCGCACUACGCCAACCUGCCGGGCGCGCCCAGUGCGGUGGCAGCGGCGGCCGCGGCAGCCGCGGCAGCGGCAGCGGGCCCGGGCGCAGGCGCGGUAGCGCUGGCGGGCGGCGGCACUGCGGCAGACCCACAGGCGACGUCGUACGUGUCUAUGAUGCCUUCCGCGUUCGCUAACUGUGUCAGUGGCACGCCUGCCGGCGCCGGAGGUGUAGGCGGCGGCGGCAUUGGGCCGAUCGCAGCGGUCGCCGCAGCGGCGGCUGCCGGCGCGGGUGGCGGCGGCGGCCCCCACAGCGCUCGCCUGCGCGCGCCGUCCCACGGGCCGCCAACCACCACGGGAUUCUUCUACGUCCGGGAUGAGCCUAACAGCGGCGAGUUGGAUUUGAUGGGCUGUGGUGACCUGGCCCCCGCCAAGUCCGUGUCGGCGCCCUCAUCUUCGCACACGGCGCGCGUACACCUGCUGUCGAUGGCGGCGGCGGGCGCCGCUGCCAGCUAUGGCGGCGCCGGCUCUGUUGGCGGCGCCGGCUCGUUCAGUGGCGGUGGCGCGAUGGCGGGCUCCGUGGCGCACGUGCUAUCGGUGGGCGCGGCGGCGCUGCAGGGCUUUGGUGCGGGCGGUGACGGUGGCGCGGCCGGCUUGAUGGCGGCGCCGCCGGUGGCCGCGCCGGCGGCGGUGGGCGCCGCCUUGGGGCAAGCAGGGCUGGCCGCACAGGUGGAUCGGCUCCUGCCGCUAGUGGCGGGAUCAGGCAGCCCCGCUUCCGCUGCUUCGGCGCUGGCGGCGUCUGCCAUGCCCGCUGCGGGGCCCUUGGCGGCACCGGAGCUGACCUUGCGCGCUGCUGGGGGUGGGAAGGCAGCGGAGGCGGAGGCGAGCGACGCGGCGUGGGGGCACGGCGCGCGCGGGCAGUCGGCUUUUGCGGCGUUGGCGCGGGCGCAGGCGCCCGCCAGCCCCGAGCAGGCCUUGGGCGUGGGUAUGGGCGUGCAUGGCAUGGAUGCAGUGCACGUGCUCAACACACAUGACCUGGCCCGCAUAGCGCAGACCUCGGGCUACUACGGCAGCGGCGGCGGUGGCCUGCCCGGCCCGGUCGCGGUCUACAGGGGCAGCGGUGCAGUCGCCUCCGGGCCAGCCGCCGCGCCUGCGGCCGCCGCGGGCGCGGCAUGGCAUCCGCUGGCGCCUCCGCCCCACCUGAGUGCGCCGCACGCAACGGUGACGGCCGCGGCGGGGGCGACGGGCGGGUUGCUUGAGCCGUCCCCGAGUUUUGAGCCGGUAGAGCUGACUGUCGGCUGGCCAGAUGAGGACGACGACGACGAGGGCGAUGACCGGUUUGAUGACGAUGACGGCUCGCUGGGCGCAGCAGAGCUGCCGCCCACGCUGGUGGGCAGCAGCGGCGAUGCCGCCUUCGGUGGCGGCGGCUUUGGCAGCGCCGUCGGCAGCAGCGGCGGCCUGACGUUCCCCAUCCUCCCCGGUGCCGGCCUGGGCCUGCAGCACCCCGUGCAGCAGCUGGACGCGCCGGUGUCCGCCGAUGGCAUCCUGCUGGCGAGCGAGCUGCCGGCAGCGCUGCGGCAGCCGUCGGGCGGCGCGGUGUCGCCCUUCGCGCGCGCCUCCAUGCCCGAGGGCAUUUGCGGCGGCACUGGUGGAAGCGGCGGCGGCGGCAGCGGCGGCCAGGCGGCUGAGUACUGGGACAGCGGCGACGCGACGCCUGAGGCUCGCACGUCGGGCAACGCGGCGGCAGCAGCAGCAGUCACCACCGGCCCCGCCGCGUCCGGCACUAGUGCUGCUGCUGCCUCCGGCAGCAGCCGCCAGCACGGCCGCAGCCACCUAGGCCACAGCCAGCACGGGCAUCACGGGCACGGGCAACAUGUGCCGGGCGACGGCAGUGGCGACUCGCUUCCGGAGUUCACGCUGCGCCACUCGGCACUCGGCCACCUGCACCACUACAACGCCUCCGAGGAGGCCGACUCGCAACUGGACGCGUCCCGCCGCCAUAACAACCCCCGCAACCACAACCUGCACCACGGUCAGGGCGCGGCGGCGGGGCGCGCGGCCACGCUGCCCGUACCAACGCCACCACGCGCCGCUGGGCUCGCGUCGGCGGCCACCGUGCCAGCUGCGGACAGCGGCAGCGCAGACCGGGAUGUGGUGGGGGCGCUGGUGCGGUUGCAUCGGCCCACUUCAGCGCUGGCGCGGGCCCAGCAGCUACAGCUGCAACAGGAGCAGGAGCAACUGCAGCAGCAGGGCCGGCAGCCGCUGAUGCCCUUGGCUGCAGGCGCAGCCGCCGGCCACAGCGCCUUUGCUGCUGCGCCGCAGCAACAGCCGCAACAACAGUCUCAGCAGCCGCACUGCCAGGCAGUCGCCGAACAGCAGCAACAGCAACAUCACGGGGAAGGCGGCGGCGGCUCCGGCUCGGUGUUCAUGCUGCACCAGAUGGCGAGCGACGUGCUGCGUAUCACUCGGCGCAGCAGCUCCGAUCUCAGCCGGGCGGCGCUCAAGUUCAAGAACGCCAAGUCGCUGUUGGCAGCGGCGCUGCGGCGCCCACGUACGGGCAGCAAGGACGGCACGCCAGCCUCCAUCGGCUUAGGGAAUGGCGGAGCGGGCGUGGCGCUGCCAGUCGCGUCGCCGCUUGCGGGCAACGGCGUGGGCGUGGGGGCGGGUGGAGGUGCGGGGCAGGUGACGGGCGCUGGUAUGCAGCAGGCGCAACCGCAGCAGCCGCGGGACGGCGGCAUGGUGCGGGACAGCACGCGUCUGCGUGUGGCCGGGGCUGGAGCGGGAGCGGGGGCGGCAGCCGCCGGGGCCGGAAGCGGCGCGGCCGGCAAGGAGCAGGUUGGGGCCGCUGUAUCCGGCACUGCUGUUCAGCACCACCAGCACCACCACGGCGCGACGCAGGUGGCGCUGGCAGGCGGCGUCAUGACUAAGCCGUCGGCGGAUGAGCCGGCCUGGGCGCGCAUCUCCACGGUCAGGUGGGGCCCGGCGCCCGCGCAGGCGCCGGCCGCCGCUGCAGCCGUGGUUGUGGCACCGGCACCGGCGGGGUCCGCAAGGCCUGUCGCCGCCGGUGCCCCGCAGCCCAUUGCUGGCCGGUAGAGUAGGCAGCUGCGGGUGGUUCGUGGGCAGGAUGUGGAUGGGCACAGUACGUACCGUGCUUUUGCCGGCUUGGUGGGCGUAGGCUACACCUUCGGGUGUAAUUGCUUGCAAAUGGUGAUGGGCCAGCUCAAAACAUAAUACGGCGACUGUGACGAUGUGCGUGUGCAUGCCGUAUGGAACAUUAGAGACCACCGGGAGCGUUGCUUGGAUAUGUCGGCGAUAUGUCGUCUAGCCGUCACUUGGUAUCAAAUGCUUCUAAAACUCAAAUGCUAUGUUGCAUCUACGUCUGGGUUGUUACUUUCAUGUCUCUGUGCUGAGACUGUCGUCAAAGUCGUUACAUCUCACCCACAUGUGGUAAACUUUAUACGUGCAGCGUUUCAUUUGCUGUCUCUCAGCUGCAUGAGCGCGAAUACUUGGGCCUGACAUGCGACGGUAUUACUGGGUGCAUUGGUGGUGGGGCCCUUCUCAUGACGUGCGGGCGAUGAGAGCGGGCGCUGGGUCGCACAACGACCCGGCCCUCUCCCGUUGUGUUUUUGCGGUUCUGUGCGCCGCUGCCGCAUUGCCGGAGUGAGGUGGUGGGCUGCGCGAAUGGCGCGGAAGGGCAGCCUGUGUCUAGAACUCUAACAUCGCAUUCGAGGCGCCCACGCGGCAUUACCAGCAGAUUUUGGACGUGUCCAGUACUUACCAGUUUAGGGAACUUCCUUUUGCUGGUCCUGUGGGCGUGGACAUUUUAACAAGGGCGCGAGGACUGACGCGGCGUGUGCUCCGCAACCGGAUGUGCGAGGGCUGGCGGAGCGGACCCUGCCCCCGAGGCUUGGUGAUGCGGGUGCGUAGAUUGCAGGGGUGUGGCUCACUCCUAGCAGGACAGACUGCCCAAGGCGUGUGCAGGAUGUUGCAAAGGGCGUCUGCGUGAUGUCACGUUGUUCGGAGUCAAGCGGGAUGUGGGCGAAGCGCAGGCGCGAUACGGUGGUACUGGGGCAGGAAUGGGUUGGUGCAUGCAAGCCCGCUGGCCAUGUGACUGGCCGAUGCAAAUUGGGCGCGGCCUGCAGCUCAGGGUGUUGACAUGGAGAGCGACACGAGUGAUGCGGCGUUUGGAUCAAACCACAUGGAUCACAGUGCCACCAGGUGAGGGCGAUGUUCAAAUCGGACAAAGUGGUUUGGUCGCUAUGUGAUCUGGGGCUCCAGUGCGUGAAGCGUUUGUCUGUUGUCACGUGAGUCCUGACAAGUUGACCCAACUUGCAUUCCGUAUGCCUGGGAUUUUGCCUGAACCGGUGGUUUGCGGGGCUUUCCCACUUCCCGCAAAUUUUCCUGCAGCCUUUGGAGGCGGCCGGUCAAAAAUAUCAGCCGGAGCGGGAGGCUCCUUUGCAAGUCCGUGGACAAAUAUGGUCGCGGGGAAGGCGCCCGUGGCGCGACGCUGUAAUGAACAAUCAAUCGGUAAUUACGCGGUGGCGGCGCAGGGGCCUGACCGGUGUCUGGUUCGCGAUGAGGUAGACGCUUGCGGCCUCAGACUAAUGACGGCGCGGCCCACUUUUCCCUUGCGACGGGGACCCACAUUAUUUUGUCUCGUCAGAUUCCUCCAUGCGUUCGCGCGGAUUCCCGGGCCACCGGUUUGGGGCCGUGCAAGACCCUGCGCAUACAUGUGAGGCCCUAGGGGGCAUACGUCUGCGAAGUUGCAAGCGUUGUUGUGGGCAUGCUGCGUGCCGACUCCAGGUCGACGCUGUCGGGGACACCAGGUGCCUCAGUGGGGGCCAGAUAAUGCCUUCUACAUA